AAACCAGCGUGAAACUGAUAGCGUUGUCCACUCAUUUUCAAAGAAAGGUCUUAACCAAUCAAAUGGCGAGUUUUGCCACAUUCAAGACACUUGACUGAGAGUGUUAAAAAGCAAUUGGAACCAAAAAUCAAGCGCAACUCGUAUUUCUUGAUUCAACUGAUAUGGAUGGUGUUAACAACUCCUCUUUAUAUUUUCAAGAGCCACUUGCCAAGCCACCAAAAACAGACUUGAAGCAAGCAAUGACUAAUUCUCAGAUGAUGAACCGAGGGGAUAGUGACAGCGGAUCCUCCAAAGAACCGGACAGUGGUUCAGAAAUAGACAGUGAAAGAGCAAAACAGAAACGUCAUAGGACAAGGUUUACACCGGCCCAGCUGAAUGAACUUGAGAGGAACUUUGCUAAGACACACUACCCUGAUAUCUUCAUGAGAGAGGAACUAGCUUUAAGAAUUGGUUUAACAGAAUCACGUGUCCAGGUUUGGUUUCAAAACCGAAGAGCUAAAUGGAAGAAAAGGAAGAAGACCACCAACGUGUUCCGAACACCUGGGGCUCUACUACCAUCACCAGGAUUACCUCACUUUGGUUCUAUGAAUGAUGGUCUUUGUGGUUUUCAUCCAUCAGAUACUCGCUGGUCUGGAAUGUCAAGUAUGUCUGGAAUGACAAACUUAGGAGGAUCUAUCAACGGUAAUCCCCUAACAUUUCCGUCAUCUUUACAAAGACAAGGACUUGGACAAGGAUUUGGGUCACAAGUAUCAAUAGCAGGCCUGGCUGAUGCUGUAAAUGUGUCACUGGGUAAUAACCUUAUGCCUAAUGCAAGUUCUCUUUAUAAUUCCAACUAUGGAGUCCAAGUUGCUAGUUGUUCUUCUCCCCUGCAGUCAAAUUCAAAUUCGCCACCGGCGAUGUCAAAUACCCAGAUGACGUGUGGAAUGCAAGAGAUAGGCGAGGCUUGGCGAGGUUCAAGUAUAGCGUCAUUACGUCGGAAAGCACUAGAACACACGGUUACCUUAUCAGGAUUUCGAAAAGCAAUUGGAACCAAAAAUCAAGCGCAACUCGUAUUUCUUGAUUCAACUGAUAUGGAUGGUGUUAACAACUCCUCUUUAUAUUUUCAAGAGCCACUUGCCAAGCCACCAAAAACAGACUUGAAGCAAGCAAUGACUAAUUCUCAGAUGAUGAACCGAGGGGAUAGUGACAGCGGAUCCUCCAAAGAACCGGACAGUGGUUCAGAAAUAGACAGUGAAAGAGCAAAACAGAAACGUCAUAGGACAAGGUUUACACCGGCCCAGCUGAAUGAACUUGAGAGGAACUUUGCUAAGACACACUACCCUGAUAUCUUCAUGAGAGAGGAACUAGCUUUAAGAAUUGGUUUAACAGAAUCACGUGUCCAGGUUUGGUUUCAAAACCGAAGAGCUAAAUGGAAGAAAAGGAAGAAGACCACCAACGUGUUCCGAACACCUGGGGCUCUACUACCAUCACCAGGAUUACCUCACUUUGGUUCUAUGAAUGAUGGUCUUUGUGGUUUUCAUCCAUCAGAUACUCGCUGGUCUGGAAUGUCAAGUAUGUCUGGAAUGACAAACUUAGGAGGAUCUAUCAACGGUAAUCCCCUAACAUUUCCGUCAUCUUUACAAAGACAAGGACUUGGACAAGGAUUUGGGUCACAAGUAUCAAUAGCAGGCCUGGCUGAUGCUGUAAAUGUGUCACUGGGUAAUAACCUUAUGCCUAAUGCAAGUUCUCUUUAUAAUUCCAACUAUGGAGUCCAAGUUGCUAGUUGUUCUUCUCCCCUGCAGUCAAAUUCAAAUUCGCCACCGGCGAUGUCAAAUACCCAGAUGACGUGUGGAAUGCAAGAGAUAGGCGAGGCUUGGCGAGGUUCAAGUAUAGCGUCAUUACGUCGGAAAGCACUAGAACACACGGUUACCUUAUCAGGAUUUCGGUGAAAUAUCAACUAUCCGUAAAUAUAACCGUAACAUUUUAUUACAUAGAUUCAAAUGACUUCUAUUGUAUUGCUAAGGAAUAUAACAGUGGAACUUGAGUCGCAAUUACUCAAUUAUUGUGGUUUAUUUUUCCGUUUGAAGAUUCCAAGACAUUUGUUAUUUACAGACUUGAACUUAUAAAUACAAGAUAUGUCUGAUUUAUUUGUGUAUAUAUUUAUUAUAUUUGACUACACUUAUUGUAAAACAUAUAGUUCAGAAUAAUAUUAGAAAUAAUGGUGCAAUUUUAAGCGAUCUUGCCGACAUAGAAUCAUUUUUUGUGAUGUAAAGGGGACAUCUUUGAGAUGACCCUUACAAAUGAAUUGUAGUGCUAUUAAUAUGUUUGUUGUUCGAUGUAUGUGCUAAAGGUAUUGUAAAAUUCUUCAUCGGUGACAGUCAAAUGAGCAGGAAAUAUAACUGAAUACAUUUUGAGUCCGGAUAUUUAUUGCCAUUAGUAUUUAUAUAUUUAACUACUUUUUCAUGUAUUAAUUGAUUAAUUAUUUAAUGCAAUAAAUAUUUAGCUGCUCUUAAGAUAUUUCAUAAUAAAUAGUAAAAGCAUAAGCAGGUGAUUUUUUAUUAAUUUAAAAACCAAAUUGAGAAAAUACACUAACAGAGUCUGAUAGCAAAAAGAAGUGUUAUAAACAGUGUGGAUUUGAGCAAAUACCAUUUUUAUCAUCACUAAGGUUAAUGAAACUUACACAAUUGUCUCUUUCUAGUUGUAAAGAUAUAUUGUUUUGCAAUAUUCACAGUUUGCAUGUCCAUAGGAAAGCUGUUGAGGGCUAACAGUGGAAUAGAUAAAUACUAAAGGCAUAUGUGUGUAUACAUUUUAGAGAACUUUAAAUCUGUUAGAAUAUUUUCGCAUUUCCAAUAUAUAUUCCUGUUUACUAGUAUAUCUGUGCCAUGAAGAUUUGUGUAUAUCUUGUUUAAUACGAUAUUUGUGAUUUAUUCAGUAGGAUCAU